AUGGAAUUCAGAAAAUUUGAUCUUACCCUUGUUUCAGCUGACAAUCUUCCAUAUGUCCUGUGUUUCGGGAACAUGAAAGUCUACGCGAAGGUUUCCUUCAACGGAGAUCCCAAAACAAGCAUGCUAACCAACGUGGACACGGCCGGAGGGUCAAACCCUAGAUGGAACUCCACUUUCAAUUACACGAUCAACAAGGCCUCUCUCCGGAACCCGGGGCUGGAGGUGGUGGUGAAGCUCUACUGUCAGGGAAAUCUGAGGGAAGUGUACAUUGGUGAAGUCAAGAUACCGGUCAAGGGUCUCUUUGACUCCGGGCGUAAGGCUAAAAAAGAACUGAGAUUUAAUGUGGCUGGGGCCGGGGAUGGGAGGCUCAACAUUUUGUAUAGUUUUGGGAAGACGUUUACGGAUCAAGAGCCCUCGGCUUGGAAGAAGGCGCUCAAGGCCGGGCUAAAGGUCGUGUAUGUAGUGUUGGUACAUGGGACGUGGUUAGUCUUGACCGGAGGCCCCUAA